AUGUCGGAUCUAUUAUCUGGUAUUUCAAGUCUCACCAAGCAGAUUAGUAAUAAUAUACCUUACCAGAUCAAAAAACUAGGAGAAUCCGUGCACACCAUAGUCAUGAAUUAUACGGAAGCUGAAAACCUUGUCUACGAAGCCACGAAUGAAGAUCCAUGGGGUCCGACUGGUCCGCAAAUGAAAGAGAUUGCUAACUAUACCUUUCAGUAUGAUGGUUUUCACCAAGUUACUAAUCUGCUCUGGAAAAGAAUGUUGGAAGACAAUAAAAAUGCUUGGAGAAGAGUGUAUAAGAGUCUGACACUGUUGAAUCAUUUACUUUUCCAUGGAAGUGAACGAGUGAUAGGUAAUGCUCGAGACCAUAUGUUUCAAAUGAGAUCUCUGGAACAAUACAAGUACGUCGACGAGCGUGGCCGUGACCAAGGAUUAAACGUUCGUCAUCGUGUAAAGGUCAUUCUGGAGCUACUGAGUGACGAUGAUAAACUUCGUGCUCAGAGGAAAAAGAUGAAAUCUGAUAACAAGGAGCGUUACCAAGGUUACACGUCAGAUGAUAUUCGAAUUGGUCGCGGUGGAGCAUAUAAUAGCAGCUCGAUUAAUAGCUACAGUGAUGAGUGGAAGGACGAUAGUGACAGCUACAAGAAUAGAUCGUCAUACGACGAUAGCAGGGACGAUUACUCUUCGAAGGAAGUGAACUCGUUUCAAUUUCCCGAUGAAACAAGAAGAGGAUCGGCUUCUCCUGAAUUGGGCUUUCGGCAAGAGCCUACGCCUGAAGAGGACUUUGGGGAUUUCGCAUCGGCGCGAUCUGUUCCACAGCCCACUACAACUGCACAGGUGACAGGAACCAUAAAGUCUGAAGCACUUCAUAUUCCUGCUAUUCGUCCACCAGCGCCUGUUUCUGCGCCGUCGAGAACAAAAUCUCCGGCGUCUAUAGAUCUGCUCGGUCUAGAUGCCCCAAGCGCUACAACUUCGUCAAUACCACCACUGGAUUUCUUCGGAGCACCGGCACAGGUUCAGUCAUCACCAAUAAGGCCACCACGCCCUCCAUCAGGUGAUGGAGGAGUGCAAUCGGUCUCUAAGCCAGCUCUUGCCGACAAUCUUUUCUUGUCCAGUCCUCCGGCUCAAGUAACUUCUGAUAACGCUUUUGUGUAA